GGAGGAGCGCGGGCGCGGCGGGGGCGGGAGCGCGUACAAAGUGAAGCCACAUUGCCAAACUUGCAGCCGCGAUUGCAGCAGUGGCUGCCGCUGCGCCGCACGGGCCGGGCCGAGGGCGCCUGCAGCUGCUCGCGCGCAGCCGGGGGCUGAGGACCAGGACCCGCGGGCUGAGACUUGACACUUCUGCGCCGGGCCGCCUGCCACUUAGCGUGGGGCUCCCUCUACCCGCCCCAGAGCCACGCGAUUAAAAAAAAAAAAAAAAAUCAGCCCUUAGCCCCCUCCUCCCCUUUCCUGCUUCUGCGAGAACUCCCUCCCUCCUUCCAGCUCCGCCGGCCCCGGCGCCCCUGCCCUGGAAGCCGAGCCGCUCCGCUCGCAUUUCGCCGCCGCCGCUGCCUCUCGCAGUAUUGCAAUAUAGGGGAGAAGCAGACCAUGGUGAAUCCGGGCAGCAGCUCGCAGCCGCCCCCGGUGACGGCCGGCUCCCUCUCUUGGAAGCGCUGCGCAGGCUGCGGGGGCAAGAUUGCGGACCGCUUUCUGCUCUAUGCCAUGGACAGCUACUGGCACAGCCGCUGCCUCAAGUGCUCCUGCUGCCAGGCGCAGCUGGGCGACAUCGGCACGUCCUGUUACACCAAGAGCGGCAUGAUCCUCUGCAGAAAUGACUACAUUAGGUUAUUUGGGAAUAGCGGGGCUUGCAGCGCCUGUGGACAGUCGAUUCCUGCGAGCGAACUCGUCAUGAGGGCUCAAGGCAACGUGUAUCAUCUCAAGUGUUUUACAUGCUCUACCUGCCGGAAUCGCCUGGUCCCAGGAGAUCGGUUUCACUACAUCAAUGGCAGUUUAUUUUGUGAACAUGAUAGACCCACAGCUCUCAUCAAUGGCCAUUUGAAUUCACUUCAGAGCAAUCCACUACUGCCAGACCAGAAGGUCUGCUGAAAGGUCAGAGUAAUGCAGAAUGCGUGCCUUCAUCUCAGAUUUUGUUCAUCACAGGUGGAUCCCAUGUGUCUUCAGUAGACCUCUGUAACCAGCGCCGGCCCCAUGCCUUCGCACCUUCUUUAGUCUUGAGUGCCCUUCCUGCAUUUAUCGGUGUAUUAAAAUGACUGAAUAUGGACAUUAAGGACUCCAUGAACCUGGGCUAAUGGGAGACGGUAGCGAGAAUGAAAAAAGAUCCACCGAAGGACAUCUUGGGGGGGGAGGGUGCUUGGGGGGAGGGGAAUGACUAAUGAAGCUAAUUAAAAGAAGCAUUGGAAUCUGCUUUCUACCCUCAUUAACAAUUAGCAGGGCACCGGCCAGAGUUUGUACCCUGUGUUUUACCUUAACAACAUUCUGUUUGCUCUUUGUAUAUUUAAGUGUUGUAAUGAAAUGUGUUUCAAUCAAACUGAACAUGAGUUAAAGGAAAAGAGAUGUGGCUUUUGUGAUAUUAUAUCACGAACACUUUUAUUGUAUCUCUGUAAAAUACAAUGUAUGUAUGCAUGUGAGUGUUCUUGUCCUGAUGUUGCUCCGCCCAUGGCAAAGAUUAAAAAGAGAAAAGAAAAAAAAAUACAAAAAAGGAAAAAAAGAAAAAAAAAGAGUCAGGCUCAUAGCCGCUACUAUGUAGAAAUCCCCCUACUUCUAAUUUGCUGAAUGAAGAAAAAAAAAUCUUUUAUUUGUGAUAUUUUCAGAGACAUUUGCUCUAGUAUGGUGUAUUUAAAUAAUAAAAACUUAAAAGAAAAAUAUUCAACAGAGUUUGGGUUUAAACUCUGCUUUUUCUCUUAUGUAUUUUGGGAAAAUUAGUGGUAUUUUUGUUGUUGUUGUUGUUAUUGUUGUCGUCUACAACCAACAUUUAAUUUGGGGUGAGGGGGGGGUUGAUCCUGUAUUUAGCUCCAGGCUAAUAAAGUAGUCCUCACAUUAUUUCACCAUGCCAUUUUAAGUGAAGAACGUCGUGGUAACAGCACCUUGCAUCGGAGUCUUUGGUGUGUAUACAUGGAUACUUGCUGGCUGUUUCUGCUCUGCUCCCAGGAGGAAAGCCUUGGGUAUUAUUGGUCACAGCACAAGCAUCUUCUCCUGUCAGGUUUCGUAGCUUUUGAACGCAACAGCAUUUCUAGAGCCAUCUGUGUGUAAUCUGAAGUCCUGUUAGUUUAGGGACUCCAGAGCUCACUCUGGCCUUGGUGGUCCUGGGUGGGAGCCCUGUUCCUUUUGAGCUUCUUCCUUGGUGCCUUUUCCUGGUAAUUACUGGGGGAGGAUUCAGGUCUCCUUCAGUCUUGAGGUAGUUGCUGGCUCCUAGUUGCUAAUCUCAGAGGGUCUCCACCACAGUGCCCACAGAGGUACCUCUGGAAGCUGUGGAGUAGCGUGCUUCAGUAGCUGCCCUGUUCCUACGGACCUAGCAAGAGCCAAAUGGGCCUGGAUGCCAGGGUGCUACCAUGACUGGUUCCGGGAGGCAGACCUCAGCUGCAGCCUCACAGGCUGCUGACACCUGGGCUUUCAUGCUGCUAAUGCUGUUUUCUAAAAAUAGUGUUUUAUUCUGUUUGAUCGAAUCUCCUGAUGAAGACCCUGCUAACUUCUUGCUUCCAAAGAUCCAAGCCAGUGGGAGAAGUUGGUUGUUGAAACAGCAGACCUCCUGUAAGAGAAUUUAAAGGCAGAAUGUUAAAGUGAAUCAUUUGCCUUCAUUUUAUAAAAAAGAAAAUGCAAGGAGAAUAACAAAAGAUAAAGACAUACAUGUGUGUACACGACACAGACACACACACAGACACACACAUACACACACACACACACACACACACACACACACACACACACACACACACGACCUGAGGUGGAUCCUUGGAGAAUUUCUCUAAACUUGUUCAGAUUUUAACUACUCCCCCUUCCCCCCUUAAGAUACUUUCUGAAAGAAUUUGGUCUGUUCAAGGGGGGAGGUGUUGUUCAGAGGAGUGCAGACAUCUAUGUUUUUAGCAAAAGCACUCAUGUCACAUGUAGUGUAGAAAUUCAAAGGACGUGGCUAAUAACUUUUAGUAAUACAGUAUGGCAUUCAGCGGUGGGGAGGGCAAAGGUCAUUACCGCCUUUUAAAUGAACUAUUAUAUGGCUGGCUCCUCAAGCACUGUGGCGUAUUUCCUAACGAGCUUCUAAAAGCAUUUCUUAAGUUGCAGACCUAUAAGAUUACAAAUGUCACUCAUGUUAGUAUAAUCCACAUGCAAGUGAUGAAGCCUUCUCUUUGAUGUGCUAAAUUGGAGAAGGACUAAUGGAGCUAUGAAUAUACAAUAGAACAUAUUUAAGUAGUAGUCUUGCUUUAGGUAAAACACUUUCUUGAAACCAGAGGCAUUUCAAACAAUAAAACCCGCUCUAAUGGGGAUGCUCGAUGUGGGUAGACAGCCACUAAAAACACUCAGGUUUAUUCUGAUAUGAGCAGUGAUGGUGUGCAGUGCCUCCCCAAACCCCGAUGUUCCGUUGGGGGUGGGGGACCCUGGCUUACCCACCUUUCUUCCACUGCAUUUGUGAUGUGGGUGAGUGUUCUUCUGAAAGAACUUCACACGAACCACGUCACACAGCAAGACAGGCCCCGGUCCUUACAAGCACGCACAAUUAAAAUAAAAGCAAACAUUCCUGAGCCUCGCUGAACUCCUGAUAAAAAAUUAUGUUUAUGAUACAUAUAAAUGUCUCAAUCAUGCAAAUUGUCACUCUUGCUAAUGAAACAAUUUUGUGUGAAGAUUGUCCUCUAAAGGGUUUAAUGUGUUUUUUUUUUUUUGUUGUUGUUUUUUACCUGUGUGUCUGCUUAGACUUACAUACACGAAAAGCCUGGGAGCCUGAAGACAUUCCAAACUAAAUCAUUCCCCACAAGAAACUAUUUCCAGCCCUUUCUGGUUUACUAGGAAAUAGUUUAACGCGGACUGUUGUGUCUCAUAACACAAAGUGAGGAGACUGUGGCAUGGAAAUGAAACAUGGGAAAUAACCAGCCCCUUAAUAUUAACUAUAUUUAAAUUCUUUCUGUUGCCUUUAUUCACACUGAUAUUUAAAACAACUAAUCAUCUAAAAUGAAGCUCUUCCAUUAAAUGCCUUUAAAUGUCAGUAUAGUAGGAGUCUAAUGUUCAGUACUGGUUACAUAAAAUAUUUCUGAGGGUCAAUAAAUUAUGGAACAAACUGAAUCCAAGAGCUAUCUAUCGAGAGCAGAGUGAAGAGUUUCCAUAUAGCUUAAAUAAUUGUUCUGAAUUAAAAGUGGUUGCCCAAAGAGACUUUCAGGGGCCGGGGUAGGGUUGGGGUGGAGGUGGGGGGUUGUGAGUCCCAUCUGGGACCCUUGCUGCCUCGCCCUCACUUUAGGAGGAUGUUGCCAACACAGAUCAUUUACAGGUUAAUGUUCAUCUUGGUUUUGUUACCUAGACUCACCUAUUGUCAGUCCAGCCAAGUCACAGGAAUGCUUACUGCAGUUAAAAAGCAAUUUGUUUCCACGAAACUGCAAUUAAAGUAUUACCAAGCAGCCAUUUUAGAUUGGCAGUGCUCUGAAGGCAUGUUAAACAGCCAGCAACUUGCACUUGCAGAGGCUGAGAUCUGACAGGCGGCGAACGAUAACACCUUCCCCGGCACUGAGCACCUAGUUAACUGGCAUUUGUAGCUAGCUCUCUGUUCCCAUUGUACACAUGCUGAGAGCAACACGUCAGGACCUAUUUUUGGAAGGUGAACUUGUAACUCACCUCGAGUGAAUAUGAUUUUCGGUUGUACAGGGCGUGCUUUAUGCGCAUAGAUGUGGAGAUGUGUGCACGCAUCCUAGAGGGAAUGUUUUCAGGUUUGGAUUGAUUCUGCUGAGAAUGGACUGCAACUCAGAGGCCUCAAGCCAAUAAUGUACUACAGGUCCUGACAUGUUACAGCUGUGUAAACAGGGCAUUCUCUCUCCUAAAUCACAACUAAUAAAGCAUAGGAUGAAAAAUCAA